AUGGCGCUGGCUGAGCGGCACAGGCAGCCGGGGUGUUGUGCCAGGCACGGGGGGCCGAAAUCCCACCUGGAAUGGCUGGUGGUGCUCGUUUGGGAGCCUCUGGUAGCUAGAAGGCAGGAUCAGACAACGCAGAGAGACUGGGCACAUACAGAAAUCCCUGUUACAGCAAGCAACACCAUGACACCAGUUGUCAAGGGCUUCUCCUCGAGUUUUGAGGAAGAUCCUGCCUUGAUCCGCUGGGCCUACGCCAGGACGCAGAACGUCUACCCUAAUUUCCGCCCGACGCCUAAGACGUCCUUUCUAGGAGCGCUUUUUGCGAUAGGCCCUAUCCUCUUCUGGGUUGCCGUCUUCAAAACGGACAGGGAUCGUAAAGAGAAGCUUAUCCAAGAAGGUAAAUACAAGCGACCGUUCAGUGUAUUUUAA